CCAAAACUUCCUUUCCUAAUCGUUCCACCAUUUUCACCAAGUUAUAUCGACUUUUUAUUCUCCUUUUGUACAAGCGUCGUCGAGAUGCCAUCCGCCGGCCAGAAACGCACCGCCGAAGACCGAAAGGAGCAGAAACGGAUCCAGAACCGGCUGAACCAAAGAGCGCGCAGGCAGCGCCUUAAAGCGGAAGAGGAUGCCAACGGAAAGACGCAGAAGCACCCCUAUCGAGUUGAUCGCUGGCGACUUCCAGAUCCCAGUGUUUCAGCCUCUCCCAAGUCUAUCUCAUCCAAUUCAGGGUCUAUUAUUAUCCCAGAUACGACAAGAAUCAACGAGAGCCCAAUCCAAGGAUCUGCUGCUCAGAAAUCUGGACCAUCUCAUGAUUUCGAGCUUCCUCUAUCCGCCGAUCACCUCCUAAUACAUCUGAUAUCCCACAAUGUUUGUCGAGGCUUGAGGUCGAAUAAGUUCCUUUUACGAAUGGUGGCCAACUUCAUCAACGUCGAUGAUAAGAUUCAUAUCCCACCCGUACGCGCAGACGUUUUCACUCCUUGCAAUCUCGCGGUAGUCCGGCCUACACACCAAGCAAUACCAGAUUGCCUUGUACCGACACAGCUGCAGAUGAACUCACCACACCCAACCUGGAUGGACAUAAUCCCAUUUCCCCGAAUCAGAGACAAUCUGAUCAAGCGACAAUAUUUUUUCCACCACACCAACUUUUUAGAAGAUCUUAUCGGAGACGUGGUUUAUUUAACAUCAUCUGUGGACGAGCUGACGCUGCCAGCACCUUCAUGGAGUUGCCAGGGUGAAGAUGGCGACCAAACAGAUCACGACACGAAAGGCCUCGUCUUAUGGGGAGAGCCUCACUUGAAGGAAAGUUGGGAGGUCACGUCCCGCUUUUUGGGAAAAUGGGCGUGGAUUACUGAAGGUUGUGAGGAAAUUAUCGACAUCUCCAAUGGGUGGCGAGUGACUAGAGGGGAGGAUCCUCUGGGGAUAUCCGUGGCAUCUACUUAAGCACCAGGAGGAAGAAAGAGUGUUGGAUUAUGGACCCAACUAACUCUGGCUACAGAAAUAUUAGGUGUACUCUCUUUUCAACGUCUAAUAUUC